UGUGCUAUAAAUAACUUUAUAGCAUUCGAUAUGUCAAAAGAUUAUAAAAUAAACAGACCGAUCUCUGUCGGUCUCUUUCGUAUUCCAUCAUCCAAACGAAUAACAACGUUUAUUCCAACGCUCCUCCGAAAACCAUCAUUUUAUUACCGCGAUCUUCAACAGUGUCUAGUUAGUUCCAGAGUCCGCUUUGUGUUUCCCUCGGUUCGUUUACGUAUAUAAUAUUUGGCGACGAGGAAAACGGUUUGAUAUCGUGUGCAAAAAGUUUUACGGUGCAGAAUUUGCCGGACAAAGACUAGUGGGAAGCAUAAUUCGUCGGACAAGAAGGAAAUUGACGCACAACUUACGCAGUGGGAAGCUGAUUUUGCCGGAACUACAGUGACAAGCUACAGUCGUGCCCUUGGGCGGCGGUGUGAUUUCGGCAGCAGCGGAACAGAAGCAGGUGGUAGAUUCCGGAAAAGUUUUCGUUGGGUACAGUGACGACUCCCGGCGGACCGGUCAAUUUUUUCCCUUUUGGAAUUAUAAUACGGAGAAUUCCGGUACAGGUUACACCUUCGUGGUUGGUAUUCGAUUGUGGUAAGUCAUUUUUCUUAGCUUUAUUAUUUAUUUUUUGAAGUUUACACCCGUUGAUUAAAUCUCUUAAAAUUUAUUGUUCGUAAAAAAGUGCACACAAUUGAGUGAAUCUUUUGAUUCGUUGUUCGUGAAAAAGUGCAUACAAUAAGACAAAAAACACACACACAAUUGAACAAUAUCCUUUUUUCGCAUGAAUGGCGGAUAUGUAUUGAGAAAAUUAGAAGGGUUUAUUAUAUUUUAAAUUGUUGCUCAUUGGUGAAAUUUUAUGGAAGUUUUUUUUAGCUCAAUUUAUGGAAGUAUUUUGCUUUUAAUGUAUUGUGUGUAAAUUGGUUAAAACCAAUCGAAAUAUUUGAAUUCGUGUGUUUUGCGCUAUUGUUCAAGAUAUUUUAAACAUUUAUUCGAAUAAUUUUGGAUUUAUUGCCUUAUUCAAAUUAAAUUAUUUUGCAUAUAGAAACCAUGUCGUACGUAGCACCGAACAUCGACCCGUACCGCAAAGGGCAAUCUUUCGCAUCAUGGUUCAAGCGACUUGGGUACCAUUUUCGUGUCAAUAAAGUAGCAGAUGCCGACAAGAAAGACCAGAUGUUUCUUCUUGGAGGUGAUUAUCUUUUUGAAGUGGCUCAAAAUUUGUACUUUAGUGAACAGUUGCUUGAUGAUGCACCGUUAGAUGAAAUGAUUGAUAAACUUAAACAAAAAUUGGACAAGUCGGACACGGCCUUGAUCCAGCGAUUCAAAUUUGGUUCCCGAGUACAGCAACCUGGUGAAACAGCCGGUGAUUUUCUUUUUUCGCUUAAACUCCAAGCUGAGUAUUGUAACUUUAAAGGUGAUAAACAGGAUCGCAUACUUGAUCGAAUUCUCAUUGGCUUGUCGGAUGACGCCUUGAGACAAAAGUUAUUAGCGGAAGAUGGGGACAAAUUGAAUCUCGCUCAAGUUGAGAAAAUUAUUUCUACAUGGGAGUUAGCUGCUUCUAAUGCAAAAACAUUAACACAAAACAAUUCUCUUGAACAAAUCGCUUCUAUUGUUGGAAGUCGUGAUGACUUUUUUCAACGCCUGGCAAAUUUAAAUCAAGGGCAUGGUCCAAUGAAGAGCCGAGUAGGCUACAGACAUUUUCCAGGUGAUGACGAGCGCAACGCAAAACCCUACAAUAGGUACAACAAUCGCGCGAAUCAUCGUUCGGAGACUGAACGGGUUAGACAAGAGCGGCACCAUGAACAACAAAGGUGGUACCAGGAUGCAGUGGUUCACCCGGUGGAACUCAAAAGCGAUGAGCAACCAGUAAACGACCACCGAGUGUGCUACUUUUGUGGAGUUCGAGGACAUGUUCGCAGGAGGUGCCCGAAGCUGGAACAUUUCAAGAGGAGUCCGAUCAACAACAUCAACUUUGAAGAAACCUGUGCGAAAAAUGACGAUAAUUUGUCGAAUAGGAUGAGUUGUUGGGAAGACAAGAGUGAUGAUUCGGAUCCAGGUGAAUUACAGUGCAUGCAUGUUUCCUCCAUGGACAAAAGUCAUCCAUGUUUACUAGAACUGGAUAUUCAAGGCAUCAAUGUGCAGAUGGAGAUUGAUAGUGGCUCCGACGUUUCCAUGAUUGGUAAGAAGCUAUUUUUGGCUAAAUUCAAUGUUCCCCUGGAGGAAAGUUUUAAAAGUUUAGUAGUGGUAAACGGUUCCAGUUUGAAAAUUGCUGGGGAAGUUGUUGUUUCGGUUGUAUUUCAAAAUAUGAAGGCAAAAUUGAAACUUCUAGUAUUGGAUAGUGAUCAUGAUUUUAUUCCUUUAUUUGGGAGAACCUGGUUGGAUGUUUUCUUUCCCAACUGGCGUAAUAGUUUUGAAAAACAAGUAAGUGGAAACAGAAUAAUUGAACACAAGAACAACGACUUAAUGAUUUAUGUCACGACUAAAUUGUCUGAUGUUUUCAUUAAAGAUUUUUUGACUCCUAUUAAAGGUAAUGAAGCCGAAUUGGUUUUAAAAAUUGACACACCUAUUUAUAGGAAAGCAUUUGACGUUCCCAAUGCAAUAAGGGAUAAUAGUGCUGAUAAUUGUUUGCGAUUCCCAUUGGAGCAGUCAGUUGCUGAUUUGGAAAAGAUUGUUAGUGCUUGUGAUGCUUCUGCUGUUAUGGCAGAGCAACCAAAACAGUUGAUUAAUACGAAAUGGAUUCCUUCCACAAAACUUUUUGGUGAAAUACACCAAGGAUUUUUCUACUACAAACAUCACGUUCAUUUAUUGAACGUUGAUGGCUUUUCAAAUUGGAUGGAAGUUGAAUGGAUGAAAAAUAGAACGGAAUGUAAAAAAUUGAUAAAACUACUGUUAGCAUAUUUGGCUAAAUUUGGGUUUCCAGACAGAAUGUCAGGUAACAGUCCGUUAUUCAAUCCUCAUGACUUCAAUAACUUUUUUGAGAGGCAAGGAAUAUGGGUUUUGGACAGUUCGCCGUAUAAUCUUGCUAUUAAUGGCAAGGCGGAGAGAAUAGUUCGUAAAGAUGUAAUGAGAAAGUUUCUACUUGACUCAAAAUACGUAAAACUCGAGGACCUAAUUGGACUAUUUUUAAUAAAUUUUAAAAACUAUAUGACGAUGGAAGGAUUAAUUUCUUCUCGGAAAGUUUCAGUAUAUACUUUAAAACUGUUAAUCAACAUGAUUAAUGUAAAGGAAUACAAAAACAAUAGUUAUGUACCACUAAGUAACUGUGACAAUCGUAUCGAAGAAAUAACCAAUAGAUCUAGUACCGAUAGUGGUAAAAUGCCUAGUAAAGAUCUUUUGGAUAGUCUGAUGGUAGGUGACGCAUUAUGGUACAAGAACAGCAAUCCUCACCAUCAGGCUAAAUGGUUGAAAGCGUAUUUUCUAAAACGAGUUUGUAAAAAUAUUCUACAGAUUACAACUGGAAACGGAAUAACUACCACGGCGCACCGAAGUCAAAUUAAGAUCAUCAACGAUGCGGACAGUCGUACGCGGAGACGGAUGGUGGUUUAUGUCGAUCCUAUUGUCGAUACCGAUCCAUUACCACCACCACCUAGUACGUAUCACGAGGAACCAUGUAAGGAGCCCUUCCGGGGAUUCUCGGAGAGCGACUUGCGAGGACGACAAGACGAGAUACCAACGGUUAAGCCGAAUCGAAAACGAAAGAUGGAUGAACAUUUGGCGCUCGAUGGCCUGCCGAGGCGUUCGAAGAGAACGCGGAAGAAUAACCAUAAAAGUGAAUUUCAAUAUUUUUGA